AUGCGGGCAAUUCCAUUAGUACGCUGCGUAUCACGUGGCUAUGGCUAGGAGUUGAAGGCCAACAUCUGCUGCAAGUAAACAGAUGGCUUCCAGCUCUGAAUCGGAUAUUAGUGCAAGCUGUUGUGAUCAAGAAGUCGCACCCAUCGAUACACUAAAAGUCAACAAGGGUCUGAAGGUUUCCACUGCCUGGGGAUUACCGGAACCAGUUCUUCGGGUAGGAAAUCGUACCAUUUUUACUCAUGGACGUCCACCGUGGUAUAAUGCUGAAGGACAAACGCAACAACCUUUCGUAAUCGGUAUAUGUGGAGGUAGUGCAAGCGGUAAAACAUCUGUAGCGCGUGUAAUUAUUGAAAGUCUGGAUGUACAGUGGGUCAGUUUAAUAAGUUUGGACUCAUACUAUAAGGUUCUUACUCCAGAGCAAAAACUUCAAGCUGUUGCUUGUCAUUACAAUUUCGAUCAUCCAAGCGCUUUUGAUCUUGACUUAUUAGAAAGUCAUUUAUGCAGACUACGAGAGGGCAAAACCAUUGAAAUACCUGAAUAUGAUUUUAAAACGCAUUCUCGUACUUCUAGAACGAAUACUGUCUAUGGGGCUAAUAUUAUUAUCAUUGAAGGAAUUUUGGUGUUUUAUUCACAAGCAGUGGCCAAGCUAAUGGAUUUGAAAGUGUUUGUUGAUACUGAUGCAGAUGAACGAUUAGCUCGUCGUCUACGUCGUGAUAUUAGUGAACGUGGUAGAGAAUUGCAAAGUGUACUAGAACAAUAUAUGCGUUUUGUUAAACCUUCCUAUGAACAAUUUAUUGCACCAAGUAUGGCUCAAGCAGAUAUUAUUGUUCCAAGAGGGGGACAAAAUACUGUUGCAUUGCAAUUAAUUGUUCAACACAUCAAUAAACGUUUAAAACAGUGUGGAUUACGAUCCAGACAUGAAUUCGCUAAAUUCCCUUAUAUACUUUCUAAUGGUACAUUGCCAACAGAUUCCAAUGAUGAUACAUCUUGGGAAGAGGAGAAUGCAACCGGUACAUGUAGUAGUAGUAGUGGUAGUACAAUGGUUGGUGGUGGUGGUGAUGUUUAUGCAGUAAACAACAACAACAACAAUCUCCAGUACACUAGUAAUAAUCAUAAAAAACAAUUUAUUACUAAUGGUGGUGGUAGUCUUGGUACAUCUUAUAAAGUAUGUCUUCCACCUCAAUUACAUGUAUUGCCUUCUACACCACAAAGACUUGGUUUGCACACAUUAAUUCGUAAUCAAUGCACUGAUCAAGAUGCAUUUGUUUUUUAUGCAGAACGUUUAAUGCGACCUUUGUGUGAAGCUGCAAUGAAUCUACUUCCUCAUAUGGAUGUUGAUAUUGAAACUCCUCAGGGUAUCACUUAUCGUGGUCGACAAUUAGCUACAGGCACUCAAGUCUGUGGUGUAUCUAUCCUGAGAGCAGGUGAAGCACUUGAACCAGCUCUAUGCGCUGUAUGUAAAGAUGUUCGUUUAGGCAAAAUUUUAAUACAAACUAAUCCAAUCACAUCGGAACCUGAAUUACACUAUAUACGUCUACCUCGAGAUAUUAAAGAUUGUUUUGUUAUACUAAUGGAUGCAACUGUUGCCACUGGGGCAGCUGCUAUCAUGGCUAUGCGUAUAUUGGUGGAACAUGAUGUACCAGAAGAGAGAAUUAUACUCAUCUCUUUAAUCAUGGCUAGUCAAGGUGUACAUUCUGUUGCUUAUACAUAUCCAAAGGCUCAUAUUGUUACUACAGCUGUUGAUUCCGGCUUAAAUGAUAGUUAUCAUAUAGUACCAGGUGUUGGCAAUUUCGGUGAUCGUUAUUUCGGUACAACUCUUGUCGAUACAGAAACAAGGUGAUGAAUGAAUGAAUGAUACACAUUGAAUUGUAGUAGUAGUAGUAGUGGUGUUCUUUUGUUGUUUUUUUAAUUAUUUUUAUUUUAUUUUAUUUUUUCUUGCGCAUGUAUUAUUGAUUUCAUUUUUGAUAGUUUUCCUUUUUCUGCCUCUCUGCAGGAAUGUUAUUUAUCAUUAUUAAUGUUUUUUUAAAGAAUUUUAUUGAUGACAGCCCCUUUUUUUCGUUGUUGUUGUUGUUUGUUAUUGUUGUUGUCUUUUCUUAAAUCAUACAUUUCGUUCUUAAUCGUGUCAUGUAUGUACGUAUGUAUGUAUUAUUCAAAAAGUAGAAACACACUACUUAAAUAAUUUAUCAGUAGUUUGUCAUUGAUUUCAAGGUUUUCAAUGUAUUGUUUGUUGUUUUUAUAAAUGAAUAAAUAUAUUAUU